ACUCAGGUGACCGAUCAGAUGACGGUCACGUGGUUCAGUCAGCUGACGCUAACCGGACAGCAAGCGGUUUGACUCGAUCGGCCAGGAUGCCUUUCUCUGAGUUGUAUUUUAACGUGGAUAAUGGCUACCUGGAGGGGCUGGUUAGGGGGUUUAAAGCUGGUAUAUUGUCUCAGGGGGAUUAUUUAAACCUGGUGCAGUGUGAGACUCUGGAAGAUCUGAAGCUCCACUUGCAGAGCACCGACUAUGGCAGCUUCCUGGCUAACGAGGCGUCUCCGCUCACGGUGUCGGUCAUCGAUGACAAGCUGAAGGAGAAGAUGGUGGUGGAGUUUCGCCACAUGAGAAACCAGUCUUACGAACCCCUGGCCAGCUUCAUGGACUUCAUCACGUACAGCUACAUGAUCGAUAACGUCAUCCUGCUGAUCACCGGCACGCUGCACCAGAGGGCCAUCUCCGAGCUCGUCCCUAAGUGUCACCCUCUGGGCAGCUUUGAGCAGAUGGAGGCCGUCAACAUCGCCCAGACCCCCGCUGAGCUCUACAACGCCAUCCUGGUGGACACGCCUCUGGCUGCAUUCUUUCAGGAUUGUAUAUCAGAGCAGGACUUGGAUGAGAUGAACAUUGAAAUCAUUCGUAACACCCUUUACAAGGCUUAUCUGGAGGCUUUCUAUAAGUUCUGCUCCAACCUGGGAGGAACCACUGCUGACACCAUGUGUCCUAUCUUGGAGUUCGAGGCCGACAGAAGAGCCUUCAUCAUCACCAUCAACUCCUUUGGUACUGAGCUGUCCAAAGAGGACCGUGCUAAGCUCUUCCCCCACUGUGGCAAGCUCUACCCAGAAGGCCUUGCACAGCUGGCUCGGGCAGAUGACUACGAGCAGGUCAAGUCUGUCGCUGAUUAUUAUCCCGAAUACAAGCUGCUGUUUGAGGGCGCUGGCAGCAACCCAGGAGAUAAAACUCUAGAGGACCGUUUCUUUGAGCACGAGGUGAAGCUGAACAAGUUGGCGUUUCUUAAUCAGUUCCACUUCAGCGUGUUCUACGCGUACGUCAAGCUGAAGGAGCAGGAGUGCAGGAACAUCGUCUGGAUCGCUGAGUGCAUCGCUCAGCGACACCGUGCCAAAAUCGAUAACUACAUUCCGAUCUUUUAGUCUUCCCUUUCCUCUCAGGCUUCCAUGCUCCUUCUCUCCAUCAUAAUUUCAUUCAGUCCUUUGUCUCUAGUCUCAGUGUGAUGGAAGGAUGCAAAAAGUUCUCCAUUAUUCACCUUUGUAUGCAAAUUGGUUCUAAAUGACAAUAUUUCAUGACUUUUUUUUCUAACUUAUCUACAAAGUAAAAGAGAGUUCUACGAAUAACUCCGUUUUAAAUGGGAAUAAAACAACAUGAUCCUGAGUCACCAGGUGUACCUCGUUCACCAAUUUGACUUUCAAACACAUCUUCAUAAACUUUCCAAAGCUCAGUGUGUUUCACACGACACACAAUGUCCAGCUGACACUUCAGGCAGAUAAACAAAUCUGUGUAUUUGCAAUUCAUCAGAGGGAGGAAACGACUUGAAAGGCACCAAGCAACGAAGUUGAUUUGUUUUUCUUCAGCUACACCAGUCAGCAACUGCAUUUUAUGAGCUUACUGACGUUGCAGUUUAUCAGAGUUUGAGAUCUGUCAUAAGGGUAACUUUACUCUGAAUGUCCCUUCUGUCCAGCUCAGUGUACAUGAACGUUCUUCUGCUCCUGUCUGGCUCUUUAUUUAUUUCUGCUCCAGUGCGAGGUUUUGUCUGUAUGUCUAAAUUAUAUAAGACUAACAAGUGAAGUGAUUCUGAUUUGUUGUUUGAAUAGAUUAUUGUUAAAUGUUAUAAAUGAAACCGCAGAGCAGGAUCUUCCUCCCGUGUCACGUUCUACAUGAGUAAAGUAAAUAAAAAUAAACAAAGCUAUAUAGAUGUUUAAGAUGACCGUAUGAUUUAUGUGUUUUCAUGCUGUAAAAACUUGAUUUAUUACUGUUUUGCUCUGUUGUGACGUGUUGUAAAUGUAACAGAAUAAACUGCUCUGAUGCAGUUAUGAAAAAGUAA